CGAGACUCUUAUAAGUUCUCGGUGUCCUCAAUGACCGAGCCUUCUCCUCGCGCCGUCUGACGCGUGAUCGAGUCCAAUCUUCCUUGUCUUUCGUCAAGCCAACAUGCAACCCAGGCAGUAUCGCAGGAGACACGCCUGUGCCAGAUGCAUCCAACUGAAGGUGAAAUGUGUCCCGGUCCGAGACACGCGAAGUUGUGAACGAUGUACCAGACUCUCCCACGCUUGUAUCUUUCCAGAAAGCCCGCGUCCCAGCAGCAACAGAAAGAGCCGAAUCGAUGUUCUUCAAGAGCAAGUGGACAAAUUGGUCGCUGAACUGGAGGCUACAAAGCAAGAUAGUGAUAAACAUGCACCUUGUCAACCAUCGAAGAAUCAAACUUACAUUGUCGCAAACCAUCAAUACCUUGAGGGGACGCCCGGAAAGAAGUCGUCAUUUGGAGCAGACACCGACCAGGACUUCAUAUCUCGUGGCCUUUUCACCCUGUUAGAAUGCGAAGAGCUACUGGCCAAGUUUCGGACUCACAAGAUGCCCCAAUUCCCUUUCGUGAUUGUUCCCACACAGCUUGGUGUUCCAACACUUCGGCAGGAAUUUCCGUUUCUUCUACUCUGCAUAAUUACCGCUUCCCUCGAACACAAGCCGUCUUUACAGCAUCACAUGGAACAUGAAGUCAGGAAAGUCAUUGCCACCCGCUUGAUCAUCAACAUGGAAAGAAACAUGGAUCUACUUCUCGGGCUUUUGAUUCACAUUGCCUGGUAUCACUAUCAUUGGCGCACGUAUCAUACUCAGGUUUACAUGUUGCUGCAAAUGGCUAUCAUGGUUGUUGUUGCUCUUGGAUUGGACAAAGAUGGAAAUUUCAGAACGCAGACCAUCCCAUUUGAUAAGAGGGGCGUUGAUCAGACAGAAGGGCACGGGGAUCACUGGACUCCUGCGGGACAGCGAGCUUUACUAGGGUGCUAUUAUCUGUGUUUGAAAUCAUCACUCUUUCGGAGACAAUUUAUCAUGAGACAUACUGAGUGGAUUGAACGGUGCACUAAGAUGCUUGCAGAAAGGACAGAAUACCCCACAGAUUUGUUUCUCAGAACCUAUAUUGACGUCCGUUCACUGGCCCAAAUAAGCCAGUCAUUGUUUGAGGGGCGUACGCCGAGCUCGGUUCAGGGCAUGGACUGGCAACAGUUGUUUGGACUGACGGAAGUGCGAGAAAAGCGGACAGAAGAACUUCUUCGUCAAUAUAAUCUAUGGGAUAACUGGGCUUUGCGCAUGGAGCUUAGUGCAAUACCAGUGCUGGUUCUCGGACACGCUCUUGGACGACACAAGGAUGUCUUUCACCUUCACAGUACACGAGAACUCUCAUACUUGACCUCAUCAGCAUACAACACGGUUAACAUCUUCCUUACGAUACCAUCGACUGGAUUUGUCCACCUGCCUGCUUCGUCAUACAACACCCUUCGAUACAGCCUUAUGGUUCUUUCCAAGCUUAGUCUUCUUUCCGAAACGCAGCUCGAGAUCUCCCAAAUCAGGAAAGAUAACAUGCGCGAGAUCGGACUAGCCCUGAUACGGAAGCUUGGAGACAUAUCCCAGGAUGAAGACGUGUGGGCAAACUGCAACAAGGUCGUCGGGAGCAUGUUGUUGUGGUUGGAAAAUAAUUCAUCGCAAGGACACUUGACUCAAGUGCCUCGCAGUCAGGGUAUCAACAGUGGACCUUACCCACAUUUAGAGCUAUUAUUAGCCCCACAAUUUGGUCCAUCCGCAUUUCCUGGAGAUGUACGAGACGAUUGGAACGCAGGUAUCUGGGAACAGAUGCUUGAGGAGCUUACCUGGCUAGGUCCGUCCGCUGAAGUCCGACUUUGUACUGGGCCGUCGUUGUCGUUUUCGUAAGAUGACGAGCUCCUUUUUUCUUUAUAUACUUUGGGUGCUCUACACAUCCAAAUCUCGGGUCCGAUGUGGUGGGAGAGCACCCCCAUCCUAACCGAUUGAUGACGGCUUUCACUUUCGCUGUUCAGCAACAUGGCCUGCCAAGAUUCAGCA